UUUUCUGCGAGCAGAUAAAUGUGUCUGUGGCCAGAAGAAGGUACUUGGUAUAGGUAGAAAGGCGUUUUGCUCUGUUGUCCAGCCUGUGGCUGAUCCAGGGAGUGAAGGAGUUAGACAGAAUUCUGAUAUCAGAGCAAACCCAGCCGUGCUGAAAAAUGGAGAUAUAAAACCAUUCUCUGAGUUCCUGACAGACAGUUUUGGCAGACAACACAAUUACCUGAGAAUAUCGUUAACAGAAAGGUGUAAUUUAAGAUGUCAGUACUGUAUGCCAGAGGAAGGGGUGGAUCUUACUCCCAAACAGCGGUUGCUUAGCACUUCAGAAAUCAUCACUUUAUCUAAACUCUUUGUUAAGGAAGGUGUGACCAAAAUACGAUUAACUGGUGGUGAGCCCUUAGUACGAGCGGACUUGCCAGCACUUAUAGGUGAACUGAGCAAACUGAAGUCAGAAGGGCUAAAGAGUAUUGCCAUGACAACCAAUGGCGUAACACUCGCCCGAAAGUUACCUGUUCUCAAGGAAGCUGGUUUAGAUCAGCUGAACAUCAGUCUGGACACGCUGAUUCCAGCCAAGUUUGAGUUCAUAACUCGCCGGAAAGGCUGGCAGAAGGUCAUAGAGGGCAUUGAUGUGGCCUUACAGUUAGGUUACGAUCCAGUCAAGGUAAACUGUGUUGUCAUGAGAGGAACAAAUGAAGAAGAAAUUUGUGAUUUUGUAGCAUUUACAGAGAAGAAGAACGUGGAUAUUAGGUUUAUUGAGUACAUGCCUUUUGAUGGUAACAAGUGGAACUUUAAGAAAAUGGUGGCAUACCAGGAGAUGUUAGAUACUAUCACAGCCCGCUGGCCCCAGUUUUCUCGACUGCCAGAUUUACCUAAUGACACAUCAAAAGCAUAUAAAGUACCAGGGUUCAAAGGUCAAGUAGGCUUUAUUACCUCCAUGAGUGAGAACUUCUGUGGCGGAUGUAAUCGUAUAAGACUUACAGCUGAUGGAAACCUCAAGGUUUGUCUGUUUGGAAACUCUGAGGUUUCAUUGAGGGAUGCUCUUCGUUCAGGGGUGUCUGAAGAAGAAAUUACUGAGGUUAUAGGUUGUGCUGUGAAGAGAAAGAAAAAACAACAUGCCGGAAUGUUCAACAUAUCUCAGAUGAAGAAUAGACCAAUGAUUCUGAUUGAUAUUACUCCAUCAUCAAAUCAAGGUGAAAAUGAGCCUUUUAUUCCAUAUGCAAAUAUCAUUCCAGAGAAAUCAGAGAGUAUAUUUUGUCAUGAAUUAGAAGAUAACUGUAGAACACAUAGUGCCUUUCUCACUCUUGUUGUUUCACCAGUGAUUUCCAACUACAGAGUGAAUUCAGACUUUAUUAAAAGACUGGGUGUGCAUAGCAAUUUGUCAAUGCUACAGCCAAGUCGUUUAAACAGACAUGGGUCACUCAGAAGCUUGAGUUAUGAUGCAUCGCAAUCAGGGGGGAAUAACUCAUAUGGACAGCUGACUCACACAGAUGGCGCUGGUAAGGCUGCAAUGGUGGACGUGGGGGACAAACCUGACAGUACAAGGACUGCUCAAGCAUCGGCUACUGUGUUCUUAGGAGAGGCUGUGUUCCGGUUAGUUCAGGAAAAUAAGAUGAAGAAAGGCGAUGUUUUGACGGUAUCUCAGCUAGCGGGCAUCAUGGCUGCCAAGAGAACCAGUGAGCUGAUCCCGCUGUGUCAUAACAUAGCCCUGAGUAAGGUGGACAUUAAGGUACAGCUUGAUAAGAACAGUCACAGUGUCGUUUUGUCCUCAUAUGCAAGGACUGUCGGGAAGACAGGGGUGGAGAUGGAAGCUCUGACAGCCGUAACAGUCGGAGCCCUGACCAUCUACGACAUGUGUAAAGCUGUCAGUCGUGAGAUGGUCAUCACUGAUGUCAAGCUACUCUCUAAAACAGGCGGUCAAAGGGGAGACUAUCAUGCUGGGCAAACUGAGUAGCAUUUGUAGCUUAAAUGUUUAUAUACUGAAACAGUUGGCCCAUGCACGUAUAUGUGGCACUUUUAUGGAUAGUGUGUUGUGAAAAUUUAGCCACAAUACAAAUGGGGUUAGCUGCCUUUUCUUGAUCAAUGGCACUUUGGGUCCAAGCUGGAUUGGCCAAUAUUCUCCUAGUGCUAAUACUUGAGCACUGUGUUACCAGUUGCCCACAAAUCAUCUGCGCAAAAGGCAAGAAAGCUUGGAUCCAAAUUUUGUGAAGCGGGAAAGAUUCUCCAUUGCAUUUCAACAUGGAUGAAAAUGUUUAGGGUUUGUUACAUAGCUGUCUCUCAUUUAAUUUGAAGGUUAAACUGUUUGAAUGAUUGUACAGUGCUAAAGGUUUGGAUACUGUUUUGUUAUUGAGUUAAACUGUACAUUCUGAAACAUUUAUCCUAUGCCAACUUGUGGUUGUGAAGUAUGUAAAGAAAAUAUUUUUAUAACUUGUAUGUGGAAAAAGCAAACGUCAUAACGCAUCUUCAGUUUAAAAAACUACCAGGGCCUGGGUCAGAUUUCUGAAAAUGAUGAAAAACCUCAAACGAGGGGUGACAGAAUACACCUUCUGAAAUAUGAAGUGAAUGUAAACAUUCUAUCAGUACAUAGCAAGGAUUGUUGGAUUUUGCAUAAAGAUAUUCAUUAAUCAAAAUGACACUGAAGACAUACCGGAAACAUUGUCUAUCUGCACCUUUCAUAUAUCCUCAUAAAAAUGGUACUUGAUACAGAGUUUAUGUACAUGUAAUUUAUGUAGUUAUAUUUGUCUUAAGACCUGCAAAUUCUUAAUAAAAGUGGGAAUCCAUAUGCCCAAUAACAGACUGCCAGUCUAAAAGGUAGAUUUUUUUCCUGCACUGCAGAGGAAGUUCAGACGUACACAGCCAAAUGCUAUGUAUACUGGAGCUGUUUCUGAACAGUAGAUUAUCUGUAAAUUAGCACUUGUCAUGAUUGUAUUGUUGGAUAACAUGUAUAUGUAAAUUGCAGCAAAAUCUGAUUGUUAAAUUCUAAGUUUAAAAUGAAGUGGGAUAUUGCCCAAGAUCUUACUUGUAUAUGCUUGAAAUUAAUGUUUCUGAAAUUAAUAUUUGUUUUGGGAAAUAUGAACUGUUCAGGAAAAAAAAUAAACAUGUUACUUGUUAAUAUAUGUUAAGGCUACUGUAAAAAUUUGUUACAGGUGAAUGUGAGUAUGAUUGUAUUUUAAUAAGGUGUAAAUACUAUGUUUUUAGUAGGCCUACUGGUUGUUGUAAAGCACUUUUUAUACCAUUAAAAUGUUACAGUUUUCAGGUCAAUAUGGUUGUCUUAUCUGGUGCCUUUAAUAAAAACUCCCAUAUCAUUUAGAAGCAUGACGUAAUAAAAUUGUUUAAUUAGGCUUUUAUAAUCAUGAUAAUGUAGUGUUGCCUAGAGGUAUAGGUAGCUAGCUUAAAUUCAUCAGGAUCAAUUCUUAUCGAGGAGGGAGGAUAUAUUUUAGCACGGUAAUGAAAGAUUAGGAAAUGAUGAAGGGAGACCGCAGCAUUUAUUAUUUAACAAUUUUGUGAUGUAGUCUUUACAUUGUUUAGAUCCUAGAAUGUUGAAAAUCUUUUCUCAGGUAAGUUACAUGGUUUGCAUUUAUUGUUGCUUGUAAGAAUAUGCAUAGGGGUAAUACAAUUAAACAGGAUUCUGAAAAAACUCUAAAAUGUGAAAGAAAACAUUGUUAGAAUGAGAGUUAAUGCAACUGAAGAUAUUGUUUUUAUACAUUUGUGAUGACAUUAAGCAUAAAGAGUGAUUAACAUGUUACUGAAGUUUGUUGGAAUUCUUUAAUGAAUACUCCAUUCAUUUUGUGUGAGUAUGACAGUUUUGCAUGUAAUAAAACAGGACAUUGAUAGCUGGCUGUGAACGAAACAUUACCAUGGGUUCCAACCAUAUCGUUUCAGUGUGACAGUUGGCUGUACUUGUAAUUUGAAUAGGUGCUCUACCCAUAUUGUG